UCAAAACCCUACAUAUCAAUAGCCCUAUCGGUCGAGUCCGCCGUUCCACCGCGAUGGCGAGGGACGAGAAGAAACGAAAGAAGAAGAGCCCUCAACUUCGUCCGGAUGGCGACGCAAUCGACGAAGACGUCAAGAUCAAGAAGAAGAAUAAUAAGCACAAGAAGCCUAGGCUUCCGACGCCGCCGCCGGUGACGGUGGCUGUGGAGGAAGAAGACCUAGGCGAUAACAAGAAGGGUAAGAAGAAGAAGAAUAAGAGGAAGGCCCGGCAGGAGAACUGCAACGCCCGAGAGAUCGAUGAUGUGGAGCAUAUGGGGGAGAAAGAGAGUAAGGAGAGCAAAAGUGAGAAGAAUAGCCUCAUCACUGACGCUCGAUUCGCGGCGGCGCACUUCGAUCCACGGUUCCAGCGGAUGCCGAAGCGUGAGUCGAAGGUCGUCAUCGACUCCCGCUUCACGCGGAUGUUCUCGGACAAGAAUUUUGAUACCUCUGCCGCACCUGUGGACAAGAGGGGGAAGCGGAAGAAGGGGAAGGCUGUGAACCCCCUCCUCCAUUAUUAUCUGCAACAGGAGGACGAGGAGGAGAACCACCAGGUGAACGAAGGUAGCGCCAAGGUGCAGAGGGAAGAGAGUUCACCGCGGCGCCUGAUGGAAGGGAGCGGGAGCGAGUCCGAGGUGGAGUUUUCAGCUGAGGAGGAGGAGAAGGGUAGUGACGAUGAUGAGGAGGAGCAAAGUUCUGCUUCUAGCAGUGAUGAGAGUGGUUCUACGGAUGAUGAUCACUCAGUGAAUAGUGACAUUUGCCGAUAUCUGUUGGCUAGUCAUGAGGAUACACCUGUAAUAGACAGUGAAACUCACAGACUUGCAGUUGUUAAUAUGGACUGGGACCAUAUUAAGGCUGUUGAUAUAUAUGUUGUGAUGAGUUCAUGUCUCCCAAAGGGUGGAAAUAUUUUGUCAGUUUCUAUCUAUCCGUCUGAGUUUGGGCUCAAAUGCAUGGAAAUUGAAGCAGUUAAUGGACCAUCUGGUCUCUUUGAUGACAGCGACGACCAUAGUGAGGAUGAUUCUGAUAUUGACAAUGAAAAGUUGCGUAAUUAUGAGUUGAACAAGCUAAGGUAUUGUUAUGCUGUUGUAAUUUGUGAUUCAAGUGCUACCGCCAGUCAUAUUUAUAAAACUCUCGAUGGCACUGAGCUUCUGAAAACGUCAAAUGUUUUUGAUCUACGAUUCAUUCCUGAUUCUAUGGAAUUCAAGCAUCCUCCUCGUGAUGUCACCACAGAGGCACCAACAAGCUACAAGGAGCCAGCCUUCCAAACUCGUGCCUUGCAACAUAGCAAAGUGAAACUAACCUGGGAAGAGGAUGAGCCAGAGCGUAAAAAGGUAUUAAGACAGAAGUUCAAUCCAAAUCAGCUGGAUGAGUUGAAUGAGUAUCUAGGUUCUAGUGGAGACAGUGAUGAAGAUGAUGAGAAUGAUCAAGUAGAUGAUGAUGAGAAUAAUGACCCAUCAGCAUUGCCCAAUGGUGAAGUUAAAAAGCGCAAGGGAAUUGAAGAGUUAAGAGCUCUUCUAUUAUCACAAAAUGAUUCUGAUGGAGACAAGAGCGAUGAUAAAGAUUUGGAGAUCACAUUCAAUACGGAGUUGGAGGACCUAAGCAAGCGGAUCUUCGAGAAGAAGGACAAAAAAUCAGAAACAGUUUGGGAAGCAGUGCUUAGAAAGAGAAGUGAAAAGAAGAAAGCUAGGAAGAGUAGGUCCAAGUACUCCGAGGAUGAUAGUAGUGAUUAUGAUGCUGAAGAGGCACCUGACCAAACUGAUGAUUUCUUCAUCGACGAACCCGGGGAUACUGAACCCAAGGUUGGCAAGAAAAGGAGCAAGGCCCCGUCAAAUAAAAGAGGCAAAGAUGAUAGAGGGAGAGAUGAUCUGCGAGAUUUGGAUAGGGAACGUGAAGCAAGUAGAGCUGAGCUUGAGUUGUUGUUGACUGACGACCAAGGUCCGAACACAGGUCCUAAAGGCUAUAACCUGAAGCCCAAGAAGGUUAAAGGCAAGAAAGGAAAACAAGUUCACGAGGAGGGCAAGUUACCGGAUGUAGAUGUUAGCAAUGAUCCAAGAUUCUCUGCCCUUUUGGCAUCUCAUCUGUAUUCCUUGGACCCAACCGAUCCACAGUACAAAAGGAGUGCUGCGUUUGUCAGGCAACGUGUUGAAAAGCAGAAAAAGGGUGCAGGGAAAGUUGGCACCCGUCAUGAAGAUUUUUCUGUAUCUGGACAAGAUAUUGAUGUCGUUCCAGGAAAAGAAGAGGCUGUGUCUUCCGAGUCAUUACCUCAAGAAAAGAAUGACUUCUUGUCCACUGUUAGAUCGCUAAAAAGAAACGCCAGUAGCUUAAAAAACCAAUCCAAAGUGCGGAUGAGAUGAAAUUUUGUAACAUAGGUCGAACAUUUUUUAUCUGCCAGAAAUUACGAGAUGUUUGGGUUUUGUAAAAGUAUAGAGCUUUGGAUUAUAAAAUAUUUUUCUGGCUGAGCUGAAGGCCAUGUUUAAAUUA